UUUCUAUGCUUCCACUGCAUACACUGUCGUCGCCGUUUCUCCUCCGGACAGCAGACAACGCCACUGCCUCUACCGCCGGCGACAGCUUGAGCUCCGUCGACAAUGAUUCAAUGAAACGUCCUAGUCAACCACAGCGUGGGUUCUUUUUCUCCGGAUAUGAUUUUUACAUCAGCACUGAUGAUAUGGAAAGCAUUAAUGUAUAUAAUUGGCAGUGAAUCUCCAUUGCUACUUGUGCUUUCUGGAAGCAUGAAACCUGGGUUCUAAAGGGUGAGAAUUUAUCAAGUUGUUAGUCUCAGUUGGUUGUUUCUCUCUCAAAUAUUUAUGUGGACUGGGUUCAUUGCCAUUAGAGUUUAUUGUCUCCAAUGUUUACCUGCCAACUGAAUCCCAAAGCACUCCAGAGAAUAGCCAGACAACCGUUGCAGUUGGUGAAGACUUUGUGCUCUUUUCAGAAUGAGCACCACUUGUUUGAUAGAAGUCCUAGACCAGCUCUUAAGUCUAUACACCAUUCCAUGCUUAAUUUUAUUCACCAGAGCCAAUUUGAAGCUCUUAAAGUUUUCAAGAAACAGUUUCAAAUGGGUGUCUCAGAGAUUGAUGAGGUUGCCAUUGCGUUAGCUCUCAAGGCUUGCAAAGGUGACUUGACAUUUGGGUCUCAAUUACAUAGUCUUACUAUAAGAAGUGGAUUCUUUUCUUAUAUUACCGUCCCGAAUUCAUUGAUGAAUAUGUAUUGCAAAUCUGGACAGUUCAGUCAUGCCAUGCUUAUUUUUGAGGACAUGGAGAAUCCUGAUACUGUUUCAUAUAAUACGGUGCUUUCUGGGUGUGAAAAUGGAGGAGAUGCAUUAUGUUUUGCACAUAGAAUGCAUGCACUUGGGGUUACUUUCGAUGCAGUGAGUUAUACAACAGCUCUCUCUCAUUGUACAGCUCAAGAAAUGUUCAUAUUUGGAAGUCAGUUGCAUUCUUGUGUAAUGAAGUCAGGAUUGGAAUUUGAGGUUUUUAUUGGGAAUGCACUUGUGACUAUGUAUUUGAAGUGGGGGAAAAUUGUAGAAGCUGAAAGAGUAUUUUGUGAAAUGCCAAGUAAAGACUUGGUUUCAUGGAAUGCCCUCCUCUCAGGUUAUGCACAGGAAGGGAGUUAUGCAUUGGAAGCUAUUUUGGGGUUCAUUGAAAUGGUUAGAGAAGGCAUGAAACCAGAUCAUGUGUCAUUAACUAGUGCAGUUUCAGCUUGUGGGCAGCAAAGAGAUUUGGAAUUUGGGAAGCAGAUACAUGGUUUGGCUAUCAAGAGGGCCUACGGAACUCAUAUUUCGGUUUGCAAUGUUUUGAUGGCAUUGUAUUCCAAGAGUGGGGAUAUAAAUGAUGCAAAGAUGAUUUUUCAAAGGAUGACUGAACGAAAUGUUGUAUCUUGGACAACAAUGCUUUCCAUGAGUGAAGAGGAUGCUAUGGCAAUGUUUAAUGAGAUGCGAAGAAAUGGGGUGUAUCCUAAUGAUGUCACAUUUGUUGGACUAAUUCACGCCCUAACAAUGAACAAUAUGAUAUCAGAAGGUUGUAUGGUUCACGGAUUUUGUAUGAAGUCAAACUUUUUCUCUGAAUUAAAUGUUGUCAAUUGCUUUAUAACCAUGUAUGGUAAGUUUGGGUUUAUGGAAGACUCAAGGAAGGUCUUUGAAGAGCUUGACCAUAAAGACAUCAUCACUUGGAAUGCUUUAAUUUCAGGGUAUGCUCAAAAUGGGAUGUAUCAAGAUGCUCUACAGAUAUUUUCAUCCGCUAUGAUGGAGUCACGACCAAAUGAAUAUACAUUUGGGAGUGUCUUGAGUGCAAUUGCUUCGUCUGAAUCCAUUUCUUUGAAGCAUGGACUGCGAUGUCAUUCUUGCUUGAUAAAGCUCGGCCUGAACACUAAUCCAGUUACUUUCGGUGCCCUUCUUGACAUGUACGCAAAGCGUGGGAGUAUCUUUGAAUCCCAAAGAGUUUUUCAUGAGAUAGCUGAGAAAGGCCAAGUUUCAUGGACAGCCAUGAUUUCGGCCCACUCAAGACAUGGAGAUUAUGAAUCUGUGAUCUCUCUGUUUGAAGAGAUGAAGCAGAAAGGCGUGAAGCCAGAUUCCAUAACGUUUCUCUCUGUUUUGACAGCAUGUGGUCAUAAAGGAAUAGUUGAUGUAGGGAUUGAGAUUUUUAACUCAAUGACUAGAGAUUUCUCAAUCAAACCAUCUGCAGAGCAUUACUCUUGUGUGGUUGAUAUGUUUGGCCGUGCAGGGCGGCUAAACGAGGCUGAACAAUUCAUGUCCCGAAUUCCAGGAGGACCAGGAAUCUCUGUACUUCAAAGCCUUCUUGGUUCUUGCAGGACUCAUGGCAAUGUAGAGAUGGCUAAGAGGGUAGGCGAAGCCCUGAUCGCUUUGGAACCCGAGCAUUCAGGUUCUUACGUGUUGAUGUCGAAUUUGUAUGCUGAGAAGGGGCAGUGGGAGAAGGUAGCAAACAUCAGAAAAGGGAUGAGAUCUAGAGGAGUGAAGAAAGAGGUAGCAUUUAGUUGGGUUGAUGUAGGAAGCAUUGAUGAUUCUCUGAAUCUGCAUGGGUUUUCAUCAGAUGACAAGUCUCAUCCAUUGUCUGAGGAAAUUUAUAGGAUGGUGGAGUGGCUUGGAUCAGAGAUGAAACAUUUAGAGGAAGAUGAGGAUGAUAGAUACAACAGGUUUGUAGCAUGUGGUCAUAUUUGACUCAAAAGACAGAGUAGUUCCAUUUUUGAGAUUAUAAUUGUAGUUGUACUAAAAAUAUUCAGAAUAGUCAUCUGAUAUUUUGAUGUUUACUUUAAAAAAAAAAAAAAAUUAUUUGAGGCCCAUUCAUGUGUAAUAGCUUGCAAACUACACAAGAGAGAUAAACUGUACUAGAAAGAUCUUGUGCGACUUGUUCAAUAGAGGUGUUGGUAAUAGUCAGACACUUAGACUUAUAACUUUUA